AAGUCGUAGGGGAAGCUAAAAAGAGAGAGAAAGAUUUGCCCUCGUCUCUCGUUCUCUCUAUUCGUUCUUGAGGGUUUAUUUGGAAAAUAACCCACCGGCCAACUCGUUGGUAUAAAGGGGAGAGAGAGAGGGAGAGAGGGAGAGAGAGAGCUGACGAGAUGAAGAGCGGAGGAGGGGCGGAGGAGUCAUGGGGGGAUGAUGCGGCGGCGGAGGAAGAGUCGCCGACGGCGGCAGGGCUGAAGAAGGGGCCGUGGACGGCUGCGGAGGACGGGAUCCUGUUAGAGUACGUGAAGAAGUACGGGGAGGGUAACUGGAACGCGGUCCAGAAGAAAUGCGGCCUCAACCGCUGCGGCAAGAGCUGCCGCCUCCGCUGGGCCAACCACCUCCGCCCCAACCUCAAGAAGGGAGCCUUCACCCCCGAGGAGGAGCUCUUGAUCCUCCACCUCCACUAUCAGCUCGGCAACAAGUGGGCUCGCAUGUCCGCCUAUUUACCGGGGAGGACUGAUAAUGAGAUCAAGAACUACUGGAACACGCGGAUGAAGAGGCGGCAGCGGGCGGGGCUUCCUUUCUACCCGCCGGAGAUGAAGCACGAGUUUUUGCUCCAGCAUGGCUACCACCUCCGUCCUCCCGCCGCCACCUCUUCUGCCUCUCCUACCCCUCUUCCUCCUCCGUCCCCUGUUCCUGGUACCCCGCCGCCCGCUUCCGUUCCCCGAGCGCUGCUCUGCCCUCCGCCGCCCUCGUUGCUGGAGCCGACCGCCUUCCCGUCCUCUCCUUCUCCGACGGCGGCGUUCUCGUUGGCCCCCUCUGCUGCAACCGCGUCCAUCCCUCUCCUUCCCCGGAACCAUUUCUCGAACGGCGUCUCUUUUCAAUUCCCGCUCUCUUCCCCUGUCUCGCCUCCCUCGCCGGCUCCUCCCCAGCAGUUCUCCCUUUCCUGCCCCGUUUCGCCGACCCCGCUGCAGCAGCUUCCUCUUUCCUGCCCUGUUUCGCCGACUCCGCAGAGCCCUCUAGUUCGGCCGCAGCUUCCGCAGUCAUUGCAGUACAACUUGGGGAGCUUCGAUGUCAGUCCAUCUCCUUGCUUCAUGCAGGUGCCCUUCGUUGGCGAGCUCCCUUCAAGCCAAAUGCUGGGGGAGACGGGCGGCGGCUGCGGCAGUGCUGACUUCGGGCUGUUCCGGUCGAGCAGCACCGGGCUGCUGGAUGACAUUGUACGAGAUGUGCAGCGUGGUGGCGAGGUUCAGAGGGCCAACCCGCUAUCUGAGCUGGUUCCCUUCGCCGGAGGACAGGACGGGAAAUGGGACGGCCACCUUGGCGGUAACGACGUCGGCGAAGGCAGCAGCAAUUUCUCGCCCGCUCAGGCCUCGGUUCUGGAAUCUCUCAGCGUGUUGGACCGCUCCGACUGUUCCAUUAAUGGAAUUGAGGUGAGGAGCAAAGCGACAAACGAGAUCAGUCCUGUGCGUCACGACAUAUCCACGCUGUUCGAUAUGAUACCGGCGCCCGCAAUGCCUCCAACAACGGUGGCCCCUGACUGGUACAAUAGCGACGGCGGAGAGAUCUCCAACGGUCCAUCAUCUGUCGUGACCGAUGAAGACAUGGGGCUUGAUAUGCAUCAAUUGGCCUCAUCCUAUACUUUUGCUCCCAUGAACGAGAAUUGGGACAUCAGCCCGCGCACCUGGAGCGAUAUGUGAGGAAUCUGUUAAAAUUUACAGCGUCGGAUGCGGGCAUGGUUUUUAGGGAAGGUUAGUGGAUGAUGGUCUGGGCUUGAAGUGAAACUAUUAUGUUAUAAAACUUUCUGGUACUUGUAUGCUCUAAUUCUCUGAAGACUUGGAAGUAUCUAGUUCUGAAAUAUUAUGAACUUCUUUCUAUCUGGUGGC